AUGUCCGCGAAGAGUGGCCACCAAAGCACACUGAGACAUGAUGAAGUUGAACAGUUCCGGAAUUUGUUGGAUUCAUUCAGUAUCUACCACAGAUGCCUCAUCCAUGGAUCAAGAGUUAUGAUUCCACAGAGCCUACAGUCCAGUAUCCUAGAUCUAAUGCAUAUCGGACACCACGGCAUGGAAAGUAUGAAACAAUUAGCAAGAACCGCUGUCUACUGGCCCGGUAUUGAUGCAGCUAUUGAAAUGGCUAGUCGAUGGUGUGAUACGUGUGGCAAACAUCAAAACAAACCAUCCAAGCCUGUAGUUCAGCCAUGGAUGCUACCAGAGAAGCCAAGGAGCCACUUACAUAUGGAUCAUGCCAUCAACUUCAUGGGUACAAACUGGCUAAUGAUCACAGACGCCUUCUUACGGCAGUCCAAGAGCAUUGUCUACAGAAAUUCCUAG